AUGGUUGGAAGCACACUAUUAAAGAUACUCGACCAGCAUUGCCUUGAAGGGCACAAUUUCCCAUCAUGGUACCAUAAUGUCAAGAUUCUCCUAACUUUGGAGAAAAUUGUUUACAUACUAGACAAGGCUCCACCUCACAUACCUCUUGGCCCUAAGGCCACUGAGGACGAGUGUGCUAAGUAUGACAAGCAUGUUGAGGAUGAUACACAAGCCAAGUGCUAUCUGUUGUUAUAUGGUGAAGGGACGCAUAACCGUCGCUUCAGCACUGUCAGUGAACUUGUGAAGACCAAAAUGGUCAAGGGAGCCUCAGUGCAUCAACAUGUACUGAAGAUGAUUGAACUCAAUAAACAACUGGAGAACAUAGGUACUCCACUUGACGGGGAAUUGGCCCAGGACUUCAUCAUGGCUUAUCUUUGUGAUUCGUUCUCCCAGUUCGUUAUGAAGUACUACAUGAACAAGAUUGAUAGCACUCUCCUUGAGUUACUAAACAUGUUAGUAACCACUGAGAAGACUAUGAAGAAAGAGAACGUUGUGGGGACUACAGCAGUAGCCUACAACAAGCCAUCCACUUCCAAGGCUAAGUCGAAAGGCAAAGGCAAAGGAAAGGAGAAGAAGUCAUCCACUCCUAAGGCCCAAGAAGGAGUGAAGAAGAAGAAGGAAAAAGAGCCCAAAGGGACCUAG